AUGGUUAUUCAAAAUAUCAAAAAAGAGGAUGCUGGCAACUACAGCUGUGUCUUCUCAGACAAUGAAUAUGAGCCAACUGAAGUCAAAGGAGUUGGUGAUAACUAUGUCUUACUCCAGGUCUUCGAUGAUUACCUCCCUGGAAACCUUGCUUUGGGAAAUAAUCCAGCGAGGAAGGGGGAGGAUGCGGAGCUAAAGUGCACCGUGUCAGACCCGCAGAGCCUGGACAGAGAGAGCCCAACAGUGUACGCCUGCCUCUAUAAGGAUGGAGUUGGUGUGCAGAUACAGCUGUGGGACAGGGAGAAACUCCAAGCCACUUUCACCAUCCCAAGGGUCAGCAAGGAGAGUAAUGGAAAUUACAGCUGUGCGCUCUUUGAUCAAAAAAUACUGUCCAGGACACUGAUGGAAUUACAAGGAAAUAACACAGUACUCCUUCAAGUGGAGUCGAGAGACACAUGCGGCAAUGAGAGCUUGUAUAUAACAUCAGUCGGACUGGGGGUCAUCGUGUUUUUGCUGGCUGUUGCUUUGCUGCUUGAAUUUUGGAGAUCCAUGCGAAUUACAGACAAAGGAAACUUUGCAAGUCACUGUCACAGGGAACAAGCAGAAGAAAAUGAGAAUGAGACACAAAUACAAGAUUUGCUUAUCAACAUAGCAAUGCCGGAUUACGCAACUGUUCAAGACACACUCUGCUCACAGUCAGAACCCGAUGAAUUAAUGGAUUUCAGUGAAACUGAGGAAAACAGAGAUGAUAGAAUAUAUCAUGUAGUCGAGUGUGUUUUUCUUCCCUCUAACGGUGACGAGCAGAAACGCGGGCCAUUUUCACCGCAGCACAGAACUUUCAGAAAAUAUAUGGCAGUGCCAACUCAUAGCAACCAUACGUCUGGUUUCCAAGACAGGAGAGAAAGGGAAGUGGUUUGUGAGUGCAUGUAUGUGAAGAAACAUGUAAAGUCCACACCCAAAGAGCAGCCUGGGAAGUACAAGCUCAGAAACUGACACUGAAGGGGCCAUUUGUUUUAAGCUCUGAACCCGAAAGCUACAACUAGUGCUGGAGAAGAUGAGCUCUGCACAGCAGCUACUUUUCUUCUGUUUUCUCAGCUUCACACGUAGGGAGGGUAUGGAGCACAAAUGUGAACCAGACCCCUUCGGAACAUAUCACACGUGAGGGUGGAGAGCUC